AUGUUUGGUUUCAUUCGUGACUUGGAACCAGAAUGCUAUGGAGAUUUACAAGACCGGACGGAAGCCCCAUGUUGGACAAUCAUCUAUUGCAACGCAGCGUUCAACUCAGACUAUGGAUUCAACCACUUUGUUCCCGGGUUUUCUGCAGACGAGUUGGGUGAAGAGGAGUACAACAGGAUUGUCCAGGGCAGCAAGGAUCUUCUCGCACAUAAGAUGCUUGUGCUAGAGCAAGAGCAGCAGCAUCGUGCUUCUCACUACUUGAGAAUGAAGGAAUUGCACGGAGGUUCUUCAAGCGUGACCGAGAAAGCAAAACAUAUGCUGGCCAACUGUGAAGAGAGGUGGAUGUCCUUGACUAAUUGGCAAGACUUUGUCGCCCGCUGUCACAAAAUUCAGGUGCAUCCUGUCAAUGUACCAGCAGAUGGAAAUUGUUUGCUUUGGACAAUAAAAUGCCUCCAGGAGCAAGACUUUUUCGGCACCGCCCUGGACGUCUCCAAUCCAGAGCAUGUGGGCUUUGUCCAUGAUUUGAGGCAAACCCUGUCUUCUGCCUGGCUUUCCAAGAUACACGACAAAGGUUGGGAGCGUCUCCAUGAGAAGAUGUACAUUCAUGAUGAUCGAGAGCUCUGUAUCCCUGCGCGGGUGAAGACUGAGAAGACUCAGAAUGACAAGCCUUCAAAGGGCGCAAGGCCUUCAGAGGUGAAGACUGAGAAGGGUCAAUCUUCAACCCCACCAAAGCGCCCAGUAGAAGAAGUUGCUUGCUUUGACAUUGUGACUCCAGAGGGAAAACCAACAAAGCAACCUCGCCGAGAUCGCAAGGCUCCAGGCUUUGAAGCUUCCAAGGCAUGCGCCGUUGGGACUUUGCGGCAGCCAGAUCGGAAAGGACAACGCAAACAGACAGUUCCUGAGCAAAAUCCUUUGGAAGCAAUGGAAGAUCCAGAGUUAGACAUGCUGGAGACCAAAAAGGAAGAUGAGGAGGACCAACCCGUUUCAGAUCUAAAGCCUGCUCGCAGCCGAGCUGCUCGCAAGAAAGCAAAGACCAGUCGUGAGUUGAGAGUCAAGGGCCUCAGAAACUACUUGGCACGUCUUGGAGUUACAUAUCCUGAGUGGAUGCGUUUCCAUUGGAGGGCUGCGGGAUGCCGGAAGGCGGCUGCGUGUCCGGAUGGUCAAUACACAACACUACAGGAAAGUCUUCUUGGACAUGUGGAUGCUUCAACUAUCACGUGUGAAGCAUGCAAGUCACUUCUGGAUGAAUUUCACUUUGAUGCUGCUGAAGCUGAGCAAGCCAUGGGAUUAGCAGAGGCUGGAGAGGCGACAGAGCCCAUCCCUAUUCAAGUUGCAGCUGAUGCGCACUCUGAGAGCAACCCUAGUGGGGAGAAGGAUGCGCCCGAUGCAGGGGUGGUUCCGGAUGAUCAUGAACCUGAAGACCUAUCGCUUCAUGCCUUUGCAAACAGUAUCAGACGAGUGGUCGUCAAAUUUGUGCUGAAGAAGUUUGCGGCAGAGCACUUGCAGGCACGUCUCUACCACAGUGAUCAGAAGCUUAAGGAUGUGGAGGCUGAGAUCAAAGCCGAUGAAAUUUACCUUUUCCAUCAGGCCCCUUUUGAUCGCAUCAUCAAUUUUCGCACGCAUGAGCUGCAGAUGUGGGUGCGAAUGAGCUUUCACAGCAUCAGUGUGAACAGAAGGAGCGAGCCAUUCCACAGCUUUGUGCAAACUGUGGUAGAUCCUUGUAUGAGGGUGAACGUGACAUCAGCUUUGCAGACCCGCCCUCAACUCCUGCAGGCUCAAGUCCUGUUCCAAGAGUUUCUUCAGAACGGAGAUGCAUCGGUGAUGGACCGUGUGAAUGCAGAGAUCGCAUCUGCAACAAUCAAUGGAAAGCUCCAGCAUCACCCACUUCUCCAAGGUCUGACGAUGAGCUGUCUGAAAAUGUUGGAUCGACAAGAGAAAGGCCUCAAUAUGACUGGCAGAAACGCUGCUACGUCAAUUCAAGCCACUGAGGAAGGCCGCAUGUUGGUGCAGGAAGCGGGGGCCACCUUGGCCAUCCUGGGCUGCAACAAGGAGAUUUUGAAGCGAUUUGGCCAGAACUCUGCCACAAGGUCAGUGUUUGAAGACAUGCGGGCUCACUCGCUUCCUACUCCAAGGCUGGCACUGGCAACGCCAACUCAGGUUCAAGAGAACUUGCAGCUCAUUGACCACCAUUUGAGCGCGACCACCAUGACAAGCGGUUGUAGAUGCAUUUGUGCCUUUGAUUGCACUUACCUCCUCCAGCUGCAGUCUCAACACUUCAACAAAGAGGAGAGGACUGUUUCCAUUGUGGGUGGCGCGUGGUCUCCUGAAGACAAUAGCCAUGCAGCUGUGGAGGUGAAUGACGACUUGGACCUUACAGCCAUCAAGCCAGUCAUCGAUCAGUUCAUGGCAAAUGGGGGUGCAGAACUUGUGAAAUGUUUGUGCUUUGAUGCGCACGGUAGCCACCAGCUGAUACGUCGUGCUUUGCAGGGCGUUUUGCAGGACCGAGACCAUGCCGUCCUGGCAUCCUUUGAUUCCAAGAGCGCUUUUGUGGUCUUUGACUACAGCUCUGUGCCACGCACCGAUGAUGCACAAAUCGAUGAGCUUGCAGCAGCGGACAGAGCCCUGCAACUUGCAGCGUGGGCCGGGAAUGUCACGGUGGAGUCUUUGAAAGCCUACUACAUCGAAUCGUGCGAGGCAGACUGGUUUGAGAAGUCUCACAACUUUGCACCCGAGUUCGGGAAUGGAGAAGAAUCUGAUGAUGAACGCGAGGCCGCUCAAGAUGUGACCGAGAACCAGCGCUGCCAGCAGGCUUUGAGGGAGAUCGUGCAGUCCGCAGUCCACACUGUAGCGUCAGAGGAAGAGGGACAGGAUGGCGAAGGGUCAACUUUGCAGACGGUAGAUUUGCGCCGUUUGGAUGAGGACUCCAGGGCCGAGUUGGAGCCAGUCUUGAGGGAGGAGGUCAGGUCAAUCCAUUUCAUAGAGGUGUUUGUGUUGAAAAUUUUCAGAGUCAGGUCACUUGGUGGUUGCAAGUGGAACGCUCUAUUUCGCUUGUGUUUGUACCUCCGGGCUGCGCCAGACGGCUGUGAUUCCAUGUGGCUGAAGAAUCCGAGAGCGAAAAGGAAGAGACCAUUGACAUGGUGUCAGGAAAAUCAGCAGAAGCUGAAGGUCUUGCAGGCGAAGGCCACAGAGAACCGAGACCGUGUGAGAGCCGGGAGGUCCGGGAAUCUAGUGCUCUUUGUGGACAACAAUGAACAGAUUGGCCUUGGUGUAGUUCUUGUGGUUUGGCGGAUUGGCAAGAAGCGGCGGCCAUCAAAACCAAUGUUUUUCUCAUGUCGGGCAACCAGUACAGUCAAGAUUGUUCCACUCGAUUCGCUUGUGGCAGUGUUGGAUUGUGAAGACAGUAGAAGACCGGCGCAUGAGCUCAUCAAUGAGUGCGUCUUCGCCCUGACUCCGGAGUCUGUGCAGGUCAUGCGAGAAGCGAUUGAACGAAAAGCCGAAGGUUGGAAGUGCAGCUACGUUGGAACGCAUGUCGUGGACUCAGAGAAGAAGCCCCGCCGGAGAAUGAGAACAUUCAAACAAACGUCCGCCAUCAUUGCACGAAAGCGUGCACAAUUGACAGAGAAGAAGAACCCCAAAAAGGUCAACGCCAAGAACAAGACGACCAAAAGCAAGAAGAAGAAUUUGAAGGUGUGUGCAGCCAAGAUUGAGCCCGUACCUGCCAAUUUCAGAAGAAGCGCGCAGGGAAGGUCGCUCAUCCAGCAGGAGAUGACCAGCAUUUUGGAGAUUGACAAAGUCAAGUUUGGAGCCAAGCCAGCCUUUGAUUCAGAUGGCAAGUGCCGGCUGAAGAUUCCAUCGGCUGAGAACCAGACAUGGACCAAAGUCUUGGCAAAGUCUCCUGCCUAUUUUGAGUCCAUCUACUCCACCCGCCAACGGGCCUUGUACGGAGAAUCCGUGCACAAGCAUCUCAAAUCCCUCAAGGAACAGGUUGCCCGAGAGGAGCGAUCUCCGUGGCUUCGCUUGCUCCGCGCCCUGUGUGAGAUGCCUGAUGUGGGUGCAAGAACCUUGGCGUGGCUCUUGGCCUUGGGCACUUUGACCUCCACGAUCGCAGCCUUCUUGCUGACCUGGAUCAAUGUGGCUAAUGGCACAAACUUCCCUGGACAGCUAAAGAGACCAUUGGUCACUGACAUUUUCUACUUCAUCUCCUCUUUCCUGUGGCUGCUGUGCUGUCUCGCUUUCUGCAGCUCCUUCAGCCUCCCAUGCCGACUUUUGAGUCAAGAGGCCAAAACCUUGGAAUCCGCGCCCUUGGCCGAAGCUUUAUGGGCCGCCAAACGCUUGAGGAUCGAGCGCGCCGCCUCAAUGACCACCUCCUUUUUGACUUGCAUGAACUUUCUGGGCCGAGCUGUGUGUGGCAUUUGGUCCAAAUGGAUGCCCAUCCCUUUGUGGUUCUUCUUGGAUGUCUUACUUUGGGACAUCGAUGAUUUAGCCAACGCCUUCAGCCUGGCCGUGCUCUCUGGCUUGCUCUACCAGGAUCGCCCACCUGAGUUACAGAAGCCAGACACCGACUUGAAGGAUACCACCCGUUCCUGUGAGUGCUGCGGCGGCAGUGAGGGGCCCUGGCACUCCAAGGUUGCCGAGCUGGCCAGCCGUUCAGUCAAUGUGGUGGAGCUCAUCAACUUCAUUGAGAAGCUCCAAGAGAAGCGCGUGAUGCCCAGCUUUAUCACCGAGAUGUCCACCACCAACGACGUGGUGCGGCAAGCGAUCAUCCCACUGAGUCGUCGAGGUGAUACCGGCGUGGCAAUGGCCAGUGUUUGGAGUGGAGGAGCACCACGGCCGCCGACGAAGAUGGUGACUCAUAGUUGGGACAACAUCUUCACGAAUCUGGUUGCCUCCAUCAUCGCAGACGGCUUGAACGUGCACACCUACAGUGGGAUCUCUGACCAGCUCAGCACUAAUGUGGAAGAGGUCCGCAAGGAACUUGGGGAUCUGAGACAUUUGAGUCAGUAUUGGAUUUGCGCUUUUUGCAUCAACCAGCACUCCUGCAUUUGCAGCGGAUUUGGAAGCCCACCGCCUAUUGGAACUCCUUUGUACGACGACUGGGAUAUCAAGCGCAGGGAUUCGGUCACUGGAGAUAUCUAUCCCCUGUGCUCCUGCUUGCAUCCCAAGUUCUUCAACUCUUCGCCCAAUGAAUGCGAAAUGAACAAGUUUGAUGACAUGAUUCAUUUAUUGCACUGUCAAGUGCCUGACUUCAUCGUCGUGGCCUCGGUGGACUACUACUUCCAAGUCUUUAUGAGGGCGUGGUGUGUGGCCGAAUUGGUGGAAGCUGAGACUUGCGGCAUUUCGACGGUUAUGAAGAUCCAUUCGGAGGAUUUGCUGGAUCACUAUUACAAUGAACUCUCACGCCUGGAUGUCCGGGCCUGCAAAGCAUCGCGUGUGGAAGACAAGGCCAUGAUCUUGUACCGAAUCCGCAACGUCGAUGCCUUCAACGCCCGCUUAAAGUGGUUGAUCUUCGGUAGCCAGGGCCUUUUCAAGAGCUGGGCGGACGCACACCAGCGUGCCAAGCAAGUGGGUCGGAUCGCACGGCGUGUGCAGAAACGCCAAGCAGGUGACACUGGCCAGUUCAUCGUUCCAGUAAGGUCCAGAUAUUCCGGAAGCAGCCAAGGCGUGUCGAAGAUCGACGAGGUCUUGUGCCGACUUCGACGCGUCACGUCCACUUUGAUGGAUGGGAGAAAACAGUCGAAGACGUCAUCGUACCUGCCAUCUUCCAGCGAGUCGAAUAGCAUGGACCACAGCUUCGACUCUGACACUGAUAUCCUGUGA